ACCUCUUGUAGUUAAGAACCAACGUGAUAACAUAAGCCAAAGCUUGGCUCUUGUAAUAAGACAAACCGAAAGAUCUCUUGUGUUGGAAGUGCAACAUAUUCACAUGAAAUUAUGUCUUCUCGUACUUGAAUUAGGGACAGUGAAA